GAGCCAGUCUACCUCAAAGUAACACACGGUCCUUAGGCUAACUGUAACGUUCGGCUCCUUAAGAGUACAUCUUGGGUUAGGACAGGGUCUGAAGUGCAUCUAUAACUGGAGAAGCUUCAUAGGGUGGUGCGGCAUGCUCCAGGUCAUCAGACUGGGCCCAGAGUAUGUGAGCGGUGUGAGGAAUUGCGGGUGCCCAAUUUGACUGAAGCGUGGAGCAAGUUACCCAAAGGCUUUUUUCAUAAUAUUUUCAUAAAGAAACGGACAAAACACACAGGUGCAAAAUCAAUUUGAUUUAUAAAGAGCAAGAGAGGGAGUGCGGUGACGUAGUGUCCACAACUAAAGAGUCAUUGUGGAAUCUGAGAAGACACGCCUCCCGAAACAUGAUGGUGUACUACAUGCUAACAGAAAGGAACGAGGAAACGUUCUAGAAGAGUUCCUGAUCCUGGUAUCUGUUUAGCCCCAGCUGGUUGACCACUGUAUCAGGGGCAAUGGAGAGGCCUAACCAGCCUCUGAAGACAAUAUUUCAUAGGCUAAGUAGUGUACAACCAAGAGGAGAUAAUAAGAGUUUUGGGCACUUGAGACCGCUCUCUGUUUAUUCUAGAAUGAUAACUUGUGAAAACGGUAGGGUUAGUCCUAGCGGCACUAACCAGUCAUGGAAUUCAUCCAAUCCAUUCUGCAACUUGAAAAUAGAGAUUGUGAACAGCAAUGCCCCUACAAGACACAAGAGGCGAUUGGAUGACUCCUGCCUUGAUGACAUGUACGAGACUACGUACAAAAAGCCCUGCAGUUCUAAGGCCAUCUCCCCAGACCUGGCUUGUGUUGUAGUUUCAUGUAACACCCUUCCAGAUGUAGCCACUGUCUCCCCUACCACUGACCUCCAAAAAGUGCCACCUAGUGUUGAAAAUACAGUCAAAGAUAAAGGUACAUCAGAAGCUGUGAUAUGUGUGCCAAACUCUGAUCAUAUCCAGUGUGGCCAAGCAGGAGAGGCUGGAAGUAGACAAGGUGGUGCUACAGCUCCAGGCGGCCCCGUAUCAAACGUGUCUGAGGCCUGGUCUGAGAUCCUGAGCCAUGAGCCUGAGAAAGUCUCGAUGGACCUUGGUCCUGUUUUUGACUUUGACGUUGACGACAUCAUGUGCCUGAGCCCCAUUGACAGCGACAGGGAGAGCGAUGAGGGCAUUGAAGCCUUUGUCGAUAGCUGUAAAAGUUUUUACGACGACCGCACCCGUAACCCCAGUGACGGCGACACCCAGCAAACUAAGCCUUUCUUCGCUCAUAGUCCAACACAGGACCAGGUUUUAAGGGAGGGAUAUGACGUAGGAGAGAGGGAGGAGGGGAAAGGAGAGAAGAUGGUGGGAGAAGGAGAAAGGGGUAAAGAGGGCAAUGAGGAGAUAAACCAUCAGGAGGAAGAGGAGGUUGGAAGCAUUGAGGGGUUUUUCUCCAGGUCCUACCUUGAGGCACUUAAAGCAGGAAAGGAUGUGUCUCAGGCUGUGCCACCCCUGCAGCCCCGCAUCUCGUCCUGCCCUUUGUUUAGGGGGAGGGAGGUGAUGCAGAGGCUGCAGGUGGCUGUGUCAGAUGAGGGGGAGCCUCCAUGUCCUCCAGGGUUCCCUGAUCCCAAUGGGGACCAGGCUAUGGUUUGCCAGCCGCACUACUCUUUCACUUCGAAGGAUGUAGCUUAUGGGUUAUAUGGGGCACCUCUGGUCCCAGUGGAGGGUGCAGAUGAGGGCUUGGCGGGCACGGCAGAGGACGAUUGGAGUAUCGGUGCCCCGAUACUGGAGUCCUCAUUGUGUCACAUUGCCCCAGUGGAGUUCAAUGCGGGUUGUGAGGGAAAUGUGGUGGAGGGGCGGGGGGGUGGGCUUGAUUCAGUUCAGGAGUGCCAGGUCACACUCCUGGCCGAAGAGGUAACCGUGGAGACCAGGUACGAGAACGCCUUUCCUCUCCAAGUCCAGGUGAGGUCAGUAUUGGUGGUUCCCAGCGUGCAGCAGAGCAGCACCAGCCAAUCCUCAACGCCGCCUGAGCAGAAAGUGUCUGAGACCAGGUCUGUGCAGAAACCUUCUCCGGAGAAGAAUGUUGUCAAGACAACAAGACCUGUCCAGAAACCUUCACCUGGACAGAACAUUAUCAAGAACACAACUGUCCAUAAACCUUCGCUUGGGCAGAAAGUGACAAAGAUAAAACCUGUCCAUGCAGCUUCAACUUCGUCUGACCAGAAAGUGGUCAAUACAAGACCUGUCCAGAAACCUUCACCUGGACAGAACAUUAUCAAGAACACAAUUGUCCAUAAACCUUCGCUUGGGCAGAAAGUGACGAAGAUAAAACCUGUCCAGGCAGCUUCAACUUCGUCUGACCAGAAAGUGGUCAAUACAAGACCUGUCCAGAAAUCUUCCCCUGGACAGAACAUUAUCAAGAACACAAUUGUCCAUAAACCUUCGCUUGGGCAGAAAGUGACGAAGAUAAAACCUGUCCAGGCAGCUUCAACUUCGUCUGACCAGAAAGUGGUCAAUACAAGACCUGUCCAGAAAUCUUCCCCUGGACAGAACAUUAUCAAGAACACAAUUGUCCAUAAACCUUCGCUUGGGCAGAAAGGGACGAAGAUAAAACCUGUCCAGGCAGCUUCAACUUCGUCUGACCAGAAAGUGGUCAAUACAAGACCUGUCCAGAAAACUGCACCAAGGCCAGUGGUCUAUGACAGGGAGGAGGACUGGCAGCGUGAGAAGUGGCUCUAUGUGGACUCAGUCACCAGACACAUAAGGGAGAACAUUGGUGCAGGAGAAGGGGUGAUGACUGAGCUGCUGAACCUGAUGAACCAUGUGGCUGAACAGGGACCAGGCACCAACGGCAGGCAGUGGCAGCACCCCUCGGAUCUCACCCGCAGAAAUUACCAAAGAAGAUUUGGAAAUGACAAAACAAAUUACACUCUGGACGAAUGGCAGAACCAGAACUACAGGAACCACCAGCGCUUUGCCAAUCUCCCACAGAUCUUUGAGAGAAGUCCGGUUCUGUAAAUCCAAGCAACAAAGCGUCUUACCAGAGGAACGUAUAGGGCAGUACAUUUUUAAAUUUGGCAAAUGACAUCACUCAGGUCAUUAGGUGUCUGUGAGAUUUGAGCUCUUAUAUUGUAAGCCUAGAACCACGGUUAAAACUUGAAUUAAUCCUCUACUUCUGCUCAUCUUUUAACAAUGUCUUUCACCUAUUGUUUUUUGUUUGUGAAAUUAAUUUAUCCUCGCUCAAGAUUGUAUGUUUAUUGUUAAAGUGUCUUGAAGCCCAGAGAUGUUUUUCUUUUCAUUGUUUUUUUAUUUGAUCGAUCUGAGACAUUGUGGAUUCUCGUGUGAUUUAUCUCUUUUUUUGUUAUACUUGAAUUUUUAAAUUAUGUUCCUUUCAGCUUACCAUCCAGUAUAAUCAUAACAUUGAUGACAGAAAAGGAACAAAAAUAACAUAACAGCCAAUCGUUUUGCCUGCCUGUCUCUUGUCUGCACUUAUUUUCUUUUUGUACUGUCACUCCUAGUUUGUGCUAGGCACCUUGUUUGCACAGGCUUCUUUUUUUAAAUGUUUUAAAGAACUCCUUUUUGAAUAUUGUGCACAUUUCCCUGCCUAAACUCUUAUUUGUGCAGUUGAAUUUCUUUCCCCAUGUUGCAUUCUUGCUGUUGAAGUAUAAACAAAUCAUCUAACACUUUGUUAGUACUUGGUUCUGAUUAGCCCCUUGGUUCAGUUGGAACACUUUGAAGGGACAAUCAAAUCAUUACUGAUCUACACCAUUUCCAAGGUGUGGUGCCAUAUGUAUUGUUCCAGAUGCUCUUCACUUACUGCCUCUAAUGGCCUGUCAUUUGUUUAUUAGCAUAUGCCUGAGUAUUUGAGGUCAUGUUAUGGUUGCUUGAAGUUUUUGUUCCAUCUUAGAUUUCUUGUCUAACAAACUUAAGGGAGUUAGUUUGUCAGAUGGAUUAGGUCAACUCUUAAAAUUCUCUACUUUAUCAUCUGUAUUCUGUGCAGCGAAGUGAUAUAGAUUGGCCUUGUAUUGAUGCUUGUUGGAGAGACAUCUGUAAACAGAAUCUAGUGUGGGAAUUUGGUGAGAAACCCGAUUUGUAGGGAUCUGUUAUGUUCUAUUUUCUUUGACAUUGUGAAUCUCGGCACAUUUCUUGCACAGGUUUCUGAUUUCACAUUAAAAGCAGUUGCCUGA